AUGGAUCAGAAUUUCUCAACGGUUCGAGAUGGAAAGCAGCUUACGCCGGAGAGAGACUCCUCGAAACGUGUUCUGACAGGAUGCUUUCUCUCCCUGCUCAUCUUCACCACACUGCUAGGCAACACCCUGGUGUGCGCUGCCGUCACCAAGUUCCGACACCUGAGGUCAAAGGUCACCAAUUUCUUUGUCAUCUCGCUGGCCAUCUCUGACCUCCUGGUAGCUAUUUUGGUAAUGCCAUGGAAGGCAGCGACAGAGAUUGUGGGGUUUUGGCCAUUUGGUGCAUUCUGCAACGUGUGGGUGGCAUUUGACAUAAUGUGCUCCACUGCCUCCAUCUUGAACUUGUGUGUGAUUAGUGUCGAUCGUUACUGGGCCAUCUCAAGCCCAUUCCGCUAUGAACGCAAGAUGACCCCUAAAGUAGCGUGUCUGAUGAUCAGUGUGGCAUGGACCUUGUCCGUCCUCAUCUCCUUCAUUCCUGUUCAGCUUAACUGGCACAAAGCUCAGACCACCAGCUAUGUGGAGCUAAAUGGAACCUACCCUGAUGAUCUGCCCCCUGACAACUGUGACUUCAGUCUUAACAGGACCUACGCCAUCUCCUCCUCUCUUAUCAGCUUCUACAUCCCCGUGGCAAUUAUGAUCGUCACCUACACCCGGAUCUACCGCAUCGCCCAGACACAGAUAAGGAGAAUAUCUGCUUUGGAGCGAGCAGCAGAGAGUGCCAAAAACCGACACAGCAGCAUGGGAAACAGUUCAAACAUGGACAGUGAGAGCUCAUUUAAAAUGUCAUUCAAAAGAGAAACCAAAGUCUUAAAGACGCUCUCGGUCAUUAUGGGUGUGUUUGUGUGCUGCUGGUUGCCCUUCUUCAUCCUAAACUGCAUGGUUCCAUUCUGUGAAACACACAUGCCAGAUGGAUCCACAGAAUUCCCCUGCAUCAGCUCCACCACCUUUGAUGUGUUUGUGUGGUUUGGCUGGGCAAACUCUUCGCUCAACCCAAUCAUCUAUGCCUUCAAUGCCGACUUCCGCAAGGCCUUCUCCAUCCUCCUGGGUUGCCAUCGGCUGUGCCCGGGGAGCAACGCCAUUGAGAUCGUCAGUAUUAACAACAAUAUGGGUGCUCCUCCCUCGAACCCCAACUGUCAGUAUGAGCCCAAGAGCCACAUCCCAAAGGAGGGCAACAGCUCAGCAAGCUAUGUGAUUCCUCACAGCAUCCUGUGUCAGGAGGAGGAAUUACAGAAGAAAGACGGAAGUGGAGGGGAGGUCGAGGUGGGCGUGGCAAACAACACCCUUGAGAAACACUCACCGGCCAUCUCUGGGAAUUUAGACAGCGAUGCUGAAGUCACACUGGAAAAGAUCAACCCCAUAACACAGAACGGACAGCAUAAAGCCGUGACAUGUUGAGAAAAAGCAAAGGUGCAUUGAAAUUCAGCGAGGCAUGCACGUAUGCACAAAGGCAAGAAACGAUUACACAGGAGGACAGCAAAAACAAACGGCAGAGACACAUGUCUAUAGGAACAAGAAACCAGUGAGUGUGUUAUACAAGACCUUAAGACUGUCAAAAAAAAAACCUACAUGGAAAACUUACAGAAUGUUUUAAAGUACAGGCACUUUAUCCUGGAUAUAACUAUCUGCAAAAUAUAUUCAGCAUUUAUUGAUGACAUUGACACAUUUGAUGAUAAAUGUUG